CCGGGCCUGGGCCUGCUGUGGCGGGCGUGGUGGCGGGGGCCGGUCCCCCCCGGCGGGGGCCAUGAGCCAGCGGCGGCCGGGCGGGAGAGCCGGGCCCGAGGCGGCAUGGAGCAGGAGCGGGCCCUCGAGGUCUACGACAUAAUCCGGACUAUCCGGGACCCUGAGAAGCCCAACACUCUGGAAGAGCUGGACGUGGUGACGGAGAGCUGUGUGGAAGUGCAGGAGAUCCGUGAAGAUGAGUUCUUGGUGAUCAUCAGGUUCACGCCGACCGUCCCUCAUUGCUCAUUGGCUACGCUCAUAGGGCUGUGCUUGAGGAUCAAGCUUCAGAGAUGUUUGCCUUUUAAGCACAAGCUGGAAAUCUACAUAUCAGAGGGAAUGCAUUCCACUGAGGAGGACAUCAACAAGCAAAUAAACGACAAAGAAAGAGUCGCAGCUGCCAUGGAGAAUCCGAACCUGCGGGAGAUCGUGGAGCAGUGCGUCCUGGAACCUGAGUAGCUCCGGGCCUGAGAGUCCUCUGGCAUCGUUUGUGCUGGCGUGUUCUGGGAAAACACGGGAGGCCUUUGAUUUAAUAUUGAGGGGGGUCCCUUGCAGCUUCUGUAUAUUUUUAAAAAAAUAAUAAUUUUAUUAAAAUCGUUUAAAUUAAAAGGAGGGGUAGGAAGAAGCAAAAUGUCCAGGCUUAAAUGAGCAUAAAGGACAUAUAAUUUUUGUUGAAAAGAUAUUUUAUAUGAAGAUUUGAGCCACUUUGCUACCUAAUGGAUUCAUAUAGUGUUUGAAAUAAAUACUGGUUUUGAAGGUUAUUUCUGCACUUUGUGGUGGAGAAAUAUUGUUUUCAUAGCA